AAAUUCGACCAAUGAUGUCGCCCCUUAUUACAAGAAGCCACCCCAGGAAGACAGUAUGCCACAGAAGCCCUCAACAACAACAACAGCAACAACAACAACAGCAACAACAACAACAACGACAACGACGACGACGAUAACAGCAAGCACCGUCGGGCAGGAAGUGGAUUUGGAAUCUUACAAAAAGUACCUGAGGUCGAAAUUUACGGGCGGUCAGAAAUGUGAGGACCCGGGAUCAAGAGACACAGAUUUCCCCCCUGAUCCUUCCCGGACGGACUUCGGAUGCUCAACGACGUUCCAAGGUCUGACAGAAGAAGAGCGGGAAACAAGCUCCCGGGAACAGAUCCGAAUCUGGUGUGACCCUGACACUGGCGCCUCCUCGUUCAGCGAACAGCAGAGCGUGCCUUUCUCGCGAAGUUUGCAGACGUUUUGGGAGAACGACAGCAGCAUCCUGUGCCUGAAGCGUUACAUCAAGGAGCACUGCACUGACGGCUAUCCUGUUCCCAACAUCGUACACCUGGUGGCCUUCACAAACCCAACUAUGAGUUUCCGAAACGCGAUUGGUUUUUACAGCAUUUUCACAGUCGCCAAGCCGUGCCUCGUGUUACUUCACUCUGACGUUGAGCUGGAGGGGCCCAACUGGGAUAUAAUGGCACCCUCAGCCACCAAUUUGGUGCGCGUCCACAGAAAACCGCUGGACUACAUAAACAAGAGAAAGAUCAAAUUUGUGCAAACAAAAGCGGAUCUGGCCAGGAUAGAUGUAUUAGCAGAAUACGGUGGCAUCUACCUUGAUUCGGAUAUGGUCAUCUUUCGCAACAUGGAUAUCUUCAGGGCUGUGCAGUUCGCAGCUAACAAAGCAGGCAGUAAUGCGAAUCUCGCCAAUGGCAUCAUGUUCUCUGUACCAGGAGCAGAACUGUUAAAGAUGUCGGAACUGGGCCCUAUAUUCAUCAAAUUCGGCCCUGCGAACCAGGAGAAGCUGUACAAGCGAAACUGCCACCUCAAAGAGUCGUACGCAGCACAUCUUUUUAAGGGAGCUCUUCCGAAAAAUGCCGACUUUGAAUAUGUAAAAAAAAUAAACACUACAUUCGGACGGAUAGCAAGAUACAUACUAUUUGGGGACUCAAAUCUUUGUAAUAUAGAUGAUGAAGAAUCAGAGGAUAGGUAGGUGUCAGUAGGGAACAAGCUUACGAAUUAUACACAGACACCACUGAAAGUGAAAGGGAGCGGAGGGCGGAGGGAGAAAGAGAGAGAAAGAGAGAGAGAGAGAGAGAGAGAGAGAGAGAGAGAGAGAGAGAGAGAGAGAAGGAAGGGGAGA